AAGGUCACGCAUUCCGGCCAAAAGCGACGAACCGAACGGACGACUGGGGAAACGAGCUGGAGCAAGUCCCGACUGGAAGGACGCCCGCCCUGCUUGAACCCGAGACUAACUGUGCUGGGGCAAAGACGCUGAGUGGGCGAAACUCGUUCGGCUCACCGUCAGAUGGCUUUCCGGGUGGCGCCCAUUACGACGACAACGCACCAGAGAUGGAAGUUGGGAUUCAGAGGGAGUUUACGGCCAAGGGAAGAAACAACACACGAGACGCGGCGGCGCAGUCGCGAACGAGCCAUGGCCUUCUUGGUCCGGUCUUUCAGAACAUCUACAACACCAACAAAACCCGAGCCGCAACAGGGACGAUGUACAGGUAAAUGGGGGGGGGGUCGACAACGGCAAUCGACUCGCGAUAAUCUGUGGCGUACCGGUAGCGUCAAGCAGGAUGGCAGAUGGCGCAGCCCGAUAUACCCAGUGAGAAGCCAUGGAGUGAACCGCGCCGCAGCGACGAACGGCGCCGUCCCAGCACCGGUUGCCCCUAAUCCUCCUCCCCCCUUGAACAAAGAGCCCCAAGACUACUCAUUUCCGGUGUGCCCUAGUCUUGACAAGUUGACAAAUUGCACUGCGAGAUUCGCAACGUGGGUUGAGCCCGGUUUGAAACGUCGCCCAACGCCGCAACGUCGACGGUUUCAGAUCCAACACGUCCCGUGCGCUUGAGCCGCGUUCCUUGCAUGCUCACACCUUAAUCAAUGCCCGGACUCACGUCCCUAUUGCUUUGUUUAGCAGCAGUCUACAGCCCCCUUCCCUGUUCCCAUCCGCUCUCCCUGUCGCAACACGACAACGAUUCGUAGGAAAGUCGGAAGAAUUGUACUCGCACCAGCUUAAUUACUCGAGUCCUUGAUUCUAUCGGACGGAACAUGCGGCAUAAGCCAGCGCCCCACAGGGGACGCGCAACCCCCCCUCGUAGCUUGUCGAGCCUCUCUCCGUUUUCCUUACCACCCAGAUACCGAUCCCA